CACAGCCCACACAGCAAGUCUGACCUCGGGCUGAGGCUCACACAAGAGCCCCAUCAGUAGCCUGCAGCUGGGAUCCAGAUAAUAAGACUCUACAUUUUGCCCAUGAGAAGAUCCAGGAAGAGGGCAAAGGGACAGCCUGAGGCCCUGCAACUACACUUCCCAGAAGUCCCUGCGCUGAUUCUAACCAUACACAGAGGAGGAGCCUUUGCAAAGCUCAGCUAUUUCUAGGCAGACCUACAGGGGCAGAACUGUCCCAGCCUAGCUCCUGCUUGCUGUUCUGGAAACCCGGUAAGUUCAGCUCUCUAAGGGCUCACGGUGUACUUUCAAGUUGGAGUUGAAUCCUGCCUCAAGUAACACCAGAAAUCCACACAGUGGUGGGAGAAGAGUCUGGCUCCAUCUGUAAUCUGCUUUCUCCUGGAGCUUGGAGGUGUGACCGCAGUCUCCAUCAGCAACUGUCUCUGGACCAAUCUGCCGUUCAUUCUUCCAGGGAGUCAUGGACCUUGAUGCGUAUUUUGAGAGAAUCGGUUAUAAGAACUCUAGGAACAAAUUAGACUUGGAAACAUUAACUGACAUUCUUCAGCACCAGAUCCGAAGUGUUCCCUUUGAGAACCUUAACAUGCAUUGUGGGCAAGCCAUGGAGUUGGGCUUACAGGCCAUUUUUGAUCAAGUUGUGAGGAGGAACCGGGGCGGUUGGUGUCUCCAGCUCAACCAGCUUCUGUGCUGGGCUCUGACCACAAUGGGCUUUGAGACCACCAUGUUGGGAGGCUAUAUUUACUUGAAUCGACACAACAAAUACAGCAAGGGCAUGAUUCACCUUCUCCUGAAGGUGACUGUUAGUGGUAGGAACUAUAUUGUUGAUGCUGGGUUUGGAAGUUCUUUCCAGAUAUGGCAGCCCUUGGAGUUGAUUUCUGGGAAGGACCAGCUCCAGGUGCCUUGCAUCUUCUGCCUGACAGAAGAGAGAGGAAUUUGGUACCUGAACCAAACCAGAAGAGAGCAGUACAUUCCUCAUUAGGAAUUUCUUAAUUCUUAUCUGGUAGAAAAGAAGAAAUAUCGAAAACUCUGCUACUUUACUCUUGAACCUCGAGCAAUUGAAGAUUUUGAGGCUAUGAACACAUAUCUGCAGGUGUCACCAACUUCUCUAUUUACAGGCACAUCCUUUUGUUCCCUGCAGACCACAGAAGGCGUUCACUGUUUAGUGGGCUUCAUCUUUGCCUCUAGGAGAUACAGUUACAAGGACAAUGUAGAUCUGGUAGAGUUUAAGACUCUGAAUGAAGACGAAGUUGAAGAUGUGCUGAAAAAGAAAUUUAAUAUUUCCUUGGAGAAAAAGCUGGUGCCCAAAAUGAGUGACGAGCCCUUUAGCAUUUAAAAUAAGAAGUAUAAGUAGUUCUUCAUGCUACUAUAGGUAUAUAAAUUUAGUAUUAUGAAAAUAUCUAACAUAUACAAAAAUAUGAAGAACAGGAUAACCCUGGAGUGGCUGUUGCUCGGCUCACAAAUUAUCAACUGAUUUUCUAUUAUCACCUCUAAACCCUUGAAUUAUCUUUAAGAAAAGUGUAGCCAUCAAAUAAUAUCAUCCAUUAAAAUAUCAGCAUAUAUAAUUAAUAUUUCAAAGAAUCAACCACAAAUAUGUCCAAAAUUAAUAAUAAUAAAGGCAUUUUACAGAUGGCUUAUGGUUACCUUAGGAAUUAUACUAAUUUUUUGCUAGAAAACUUUCAACCUUGGUUUAUUGCUGAAUUUAUAAACAAUUUUUACUGAAAGUUAAUUAACAAUAGAUGCAUUAUUGGUAUUCAGGUCGAACAGCGUAUUGCCAAUGUCCAAUAUUUAUAAAACAGUAUCUGUCUAACUUAGGACUGGAAUUCAGCAAGUACAAAUGAGACAUGCUAUUGGAUCUAAAUAACCUAAUAGUUUGCUUUUUCUAUUCACACGUUUUUAUAUUAAUAAACACGUUGAUAAACAUUA